UCUGUGGUUUACUGCCAGCCCCCUUCACAUGCUUGUGUAUAUAAGCCCUGCCUCUCCCUUUUUUCUGCACUUCUGCCUUGUGUCUGAAUCCUCAUCGUCAGUCGAAGGACAAGCAGACAAAAUGCGUGAGUGUAUUUCUAUGCAUGUUGGCCAAGCUGGAGCCCAAAUGGGCAAUGCAUGCUGGGAGCUGUACUGUCUGGAACAUGGAAUCCAGCCAGAUGGUCAGAUGCCUUCUGACAAGACUAUUGGAGGAGGGGAUGACUCAUUCAACACCUUCUUCAGUGAGACAGGGGCAGGAAAGCAUGUACCCAGGGCCAUCUUUGUCGAUCUGGAACCUACUGUCAUUGAUGAGGUGCGUACAGGAACCUACCGACAGCUGUUCCACCCUGAGCAGCUUAUUACAGGAAAGGAAGAUGCUGCCAACAACUACGCACGUGGUCACUACACCAUCGGCAAGGAGAUCAUAGACCUUGUUCUAGAUAGGACACGUAAACUGGCUGAUCAGUGCACUGGUCUGCAAGGUUUCCUCAUCUUCCACUCCUUUGGAGGAGGAACUGGUUCUGGUUUUACCUCCCUGCUGAUGGAAAGACUCUCUGUCGACUAUGGGAAAAAGUCCAAACUUGAAUUUGCUGUCUAUCCAGCACCCCAGGUUUCCACAGCAGUAGUGGAGCCUUACAACUCCAUUCUAACCACCCACACCACACUGGAGCACUCCGAUUGUGCUUUCAUGGUGGACAAUGAGGCCAUCUAUGAUAUCUGCCGCAGAAAUCUUGACAUUGAGAGACCAACCUACACCAACUUGAACAGGCUUAUUGGUCAGAUUGUGUCUUCAAUCACAGCAUCCCUGCGUUUUGAUGGAGCCCUGAAUGUUGACCUGACAGAGUUCCAGACCAACUUGGUGCCUUAUCCUCGUAUCCACUUCCCUCUGGCCACUUACGCUCCAGUGAUCUCUGCUGAAAAAGCCUACCAUGAGCAACUAUCUGUGGCUGACAUCACCAAUGCAUGCUUUGAACCAGCUAAUCAGAUGGUGAAAUGUGACCCACGUCAUGGCAAAUACAUGGCUUGCUGUCUGCUAUACCGUGGCGAUGUUGUACCCAAAGAUGUAAACUCAGCCAUUGCUGCCAUCAAAACCAAACGUACCAUCCAGUUUGUGGACUGGUGUCCCACAGGUUUCAAGGUGGGAAUCAACUACCAGCCUCCUACUGUAGUUCCUGGAGGAGACCUUGCUAAGGUGCAAAGAGCUGUGUGCAUGUUGAGCAACACCACCGCCAUCGCUGAGGCCUGGGCCAGGCUCGACCACAAGUUUGAUCUCAUGUAUGCCAAGAGAGCCUUUGUCCACUGGUAUGUUGGAGAGGGAAUGGAGGAGGGAGAGUUCUCAGAGGCCAGAGAAGAUAUGGCUGCUUUAGAGAAGGAUUAUGAAGAGGUGGGCACUGACAGCAUGGGAGAUGAAGAUGAAGAGGGAGAGGAGUAUUAAGGGGGCCAAAACCAGCACACAUUCCAAAUGUUGCUCUGAAUAGAGCACAUUCCCAGAAGCAUCCAUAAAUGCUGAGAAAGUUAUCUGUCAAUAUUAUCAAUAAAAGCUCACAUGAAUGAA